AUGUUAAUCACUGGAUCUAAAUCGAUGAAGCAAGCAGCUGUGAGAUUAUUAAGAGCGCACAGACCGCUAGCAAGGAAACACAAGCCUCUUUUACCACCUCUACAACUUUACAGACGGAUUCUUCGAGAGCACAAGAGUCUACCGCUACCACAGCGAGAACUUGGGGAUCAAUACGUAAAGAACGAGUUUCGGCUGCAUCGAGAAACCACUAAUCCACUGUAUAUUGUGGGCUUUUUAGCAAGCUGGCAAGACUACCUGCAUAUGAUUACAAAAGGAGACUGGGUGGAAGGCACACUCUCAGCACAAGUGCUAGAAAAAAUGUCACCAGAACAGGUUGGGCAGCUCUACGAGUUGAUGAAGGAAACAGAAGGCUUAAGGAAAGAUGGGCAACAGGAUUAG